AGACAUUCAAAGAUGCUUUUUUUGUAAUAUAAAAAAUCACGUGUAAAGGCUAUAGUUUUCUAGCUUGUUGCAUGCAUCAUCCCUUUAGACCUCUUUCCUUUCAACGCUCUCCACCUCUCACUCACCACCUCUCACUUACCACCACGAAUAAUCAUCAAAACCGAGAUAUUCAUAUAAUUUAUGUCAUUUUGGUGAAUAGUAGUGAACAAUCGACAUUACAGUAUAAAAGAAACGGAACUCACCAUGGGUAUUGUAUUGACAAGGCUCUGGCGGAAGCUAAUGAGUCAAGAGGAAGUCAAGAUUGUGAUCGUCGGACUGGACAAUGCAGGAAAGACUACUGUCCUAUAUAAGUUACUUUUGAAUGAAGUCGUCGUUACCACACCAACGAUAGGAUCUAACGUUGAAGAAAUAACUUACAAGAAUAUCAAGUUCCUCAUGUGGGACAUAGGAGGUCAGGAAUCACUACGAUCAUCAUGGAAAACGUACUACGUCAAUACAAAAGCCGUCAUCAUGGUCAUUGAUAGUUCAGAUAAGGAACGCCUCCACAUUUCAAAAACAGAAUUACACACUAUGAUGGAGUCAGAGUCAUUACGAAACGCAAGUCUUUUAGUAUUUGCAAACAAGCAGGACGUCAAGGGUGCACUGAGUGCAGCCAAGAUUUCUGAGGCCCUUGCACUCACAUCAUUGCAGGAUCGACAGUGGCAUAUCCAGGCAUGCUCGGCCCUUACUGGAGAUGGGCUGUUUGAAGGACUGGAUUGGAUAGUAGCGCAGAUCGGAUCGCACUGAUUUCAUAAAAAUAUUACCAUCUGCUGCACCUGUUUAAAAAAUCAAUUUGGUAAUGGAUGUUUGUUUGUAGCCUUUUAUUUCCUCUAAUAUACCAAUG